AUGGCCGCAGUGGCUGUCCUCCGGAACGACUCUCUGCAGGCCUUUCUCCAGGACCGCACCCCCAGCGCCUCCCCGGACCUGGGUAAACACUCGCCCCUGGCGCUGCUAGCCGCCACCUGUAGCCGCAUUGGCCAGCCAGGGGCCGCGGCGCCCCCGGACUUCCUGCAGGUGCCCUACGACCCCGCGCUGGGCUCGCCCUCCAGGCUCUUUCACCCUUGGACUGCCGACAUGCCGGCUCACUCACCCGGCGCGCUGCCGCCCCCGCACCCCAGCCUGGGGCUGACGCCGCAGAAAACGCACCUGCAGCCGUCCUUUGGGGCGGCGCACGAGUUGCCGCUCACACCUCCUGCCGACCCUUCGUACCCCUACGAGUUCUCACCGGUCAAAAUGCUACCCUCGAGCAUGGCGGCACUGCCCGCCAGCUGCGCCCCUGCCUACGUGCCCUAUGCUGCACAGGCCGCGCUGCCGCCAGGCUACUCCAAUCUGCUGCCCCCGCCGCCACCGCCGCCCACGUGCCGCCAGCUCUCCCCCAACCCGGCCCCCGACGACCUCCCGUGGUGGAGCAUCCCGCAGGCGGGCACCGCUCCCGGGACCUCCGGAGUUCCGGGGGGCAGUCUCUCCGGGGCCUGUGCCGGGGGUCCCCACGCGCCCCGUUUCCCGGCUUCAGCGGCCGCCGCCGCCGCUGCCGCCCUGCAACGGGGUCUGGUGCUGGGCCCGUCGGACUUCGCGCAGUACCAGAGCCAGAUCGCCGCGCUGCUGCAGACCAAGACCCCCCUGGCGGCCACGGCCAGGAGGUGCCGCCGCUGCCGCUGCCCCAACUGCCAGGCGGCGGGCGGCGCCCCGGAGGCAGAGCCGGGCAAGAAGAAGCAGCACGUGUGCCACGUGCCCGGCUGCGGCAAGGUGUACGGCAAGACCUCGCACCUGAAGGCGCACCUGCGCUGGCACACGGGCGAGCGGCCCUUCGUGUGCAACUGGCUCUUCUGCGGCAAGAGCUUCACGCGCUCGGACGAGCUGCAGCGGCACCUGCGGACUCACACUGGCGAGAAGCGCUUCGCCUGCCCCGAGUGUGGCAAGCGCUUCAUGCGCAGCGACCACCUUGCCAAACACGUCAAAACGCACCAGAAUAAGAAGCUCAAAGUUGCUGAGGCUGGGGUGAAGCGGGAGGACCCGCGGGACCUGUGA